CACACACACACACACACACACACACACUCACUUUCGCUCUUUCUCAUUACCUUCAUUUCAUACCCAUCCUGCCGAGUGACAAAGACGUGGCGCGUCUUUCAAAAUGAAUACAAAGCUCGACAGUGUGCUUUUACCACGAAAGAAGUUCAUCUACCAUUACAAAAACAUGCGCUGGGCAAAGGGCCGGCAUGAGACAUACCUUUGCUUUGUAAUCAAAAGACGGGUGGGGCCGGACACCUUAACCUUUGAUUUUGGUCACCUCCGCAAUCGCAAUGGCUGCCAUGUAGAGCUGCUGUUCCUGCGCUACGUGGGGGCCUUGUGUCCUGGUUUAUUGGGGUAUGGAGGCCCUGGAGAGAAGAGGCUCAGCUACUCUAUCACCUGGUUCUGCUCCUGGUCUCCAUGUGCCAACUGCUCCACAAGACUGUCCCAGUUCCUCAGCCGGUUGCCCAACCUUCGCCUCCGGAUCUUCGUCUCUCGCCUUUACUUCUGUGAUAUGGAGGAUAGCCGUGAAAGAGAGGGAUUAAGAAUGCUGAAAAACAUCGGGGUGCAGAUCACAGUCAUGAGUUACAAAGAUUUCUUCUAUUGUUGGCGGACAUUUGUGGCUUGUAAGCAAAGCAGCUUCAAGGCAUGGGGAGAGCUGCACCAGAACUCUGUUCGUCUUUCCAGGAAACUCAAGCGCAUCCUACAGCCCCUUGAAACAGAAGACUUAAGAGAUGCCUUCAAGCUUCUUGGACUGUGAAACAUCCCCAUUACCUCCUCGUGUUACUAUUCAAUAAGUCAUUCAUUUUAUAGAGAAAAAAGAAAAGUUGGUUUUAGUCCUUCACUACAACUGCCAAAACUGAGAAUGAAAUUAACUGAGAAAAAAAACUGUCAUAAAAUAGCUUUCAAGUUUUGUCAAGGCUUUUCACUUAAACAUUGCUGCUACUUUCUGUUUCUGAAGCAUUACUGCCAUGUAAAAUAAAGAAUUACUGCCUUAAAA